AUGAAGGGUCUUCUCAGCCUGUUGCCAAUCACAACAGUCGUCUUCGGCCAGAUAACAGUGAAAGUCAGCGACGUCGAGCCACUACCCUUGAGUUCAGCCGGCUUCGUAGCUUCGGCAGAUGAGCUCUUUCGACAAAGCUGCCCGGAAGAAGUGGCGAAUAAGAACCCCUACACGUCCAAGUUACUAUUGUCGUCUCAUUCGAAGUUUGAGGAGCCCAGCGAGCAUGUCUUCCAAGGAGACGUCUACCCGUCGUCUGACAGUUUUGUUCGCGGUGCUAUAGCGGCCUGGGCACAGCAUCAAAGCCUGGUCCUUCGUCCCGAUGUAAUCUGGUUCGAGAUUCUGACCCAGCUUAACUUUUACAUGACGAAGCAUGCGGAAGACAUUCGACACUUGUUUGUAAACUUCGAAGGCAAGAAGGAAAUUGUUGUGGAGGAAAUUUCUUGGACCAAGGUUAUUGGCGCAUUUGCGGCCGAGAUACAACAACGUGUCAAGACGAGUUGGCUGCUGGGAUGGAUCACACCUGGAUUCAGUACCAGUACGCAGAAUGAUAACAUGACGGCCACCGUGUUAAUGAUGGGACUUAUGCAACACUACUUCCAGUUCACUGGAACCAUCAUUUGUGGCCUCCCGUCUGUUACCUUGUUAGGGACCAAACCUGACUGGGUCAGACUGUUGAAGAAAUUGGACCGCUUGCCAGAAUUUGGUGACGAGCCUGCGCAGUACGCCCAUAACCUGAGGCCUAUUUUUAGCCGAUUUGUGCAGACGUGGGACGAACCAGAUGACCCGCAGAUCAAGAAAUUCUGGAGUCAGAUUGUGCGAGCUAAUAAAGUAUUUUCUUGCGGCGCUGGGCCUACAGAAUACGAUGUUUCUGGCUGGAUCACGGGGUUCCUGCAUUGGCGAGAAGAUGGCGCGCUCGUCGCUCCCAACGGUACUCGAGCACAAUCAGACGACGUACGACUGGAUGACGUGGCAUACACUCACGUGGAUACGAAGCACAUUCCUGUUGGAUAUGCCAAAGCGCCCCUUAAGAUGCUGCACUACCCAGUUUACUGGGAAGACACACAGGCUUAUGUGCUGGCAGGAAACAUUGGAAUCAAGAGGACUAUAUCUGAGCCGUUGGCGAAGGGCGGCAAACCCCAAGUGCUAGCAGAGGCGAUGAAUUCGUGGUUCCUGUAUGGACCUGUCAACACCAACUUCACGACAGGACCGAAGUACGGGAACUUGUCAGAGUUUGGGAGCGUUGCAGCGAGUUUGAGCGACUGGUGCCCGGCGGCAGACGCUAAAUGA